GGAUCCCAAUUGAUCAGUUCACUGGUUAAAUGGGAUUUUACAUCCUUACUAAAGUCCCAUCGUCAUUUCUAUAUUGAGCACAGGACAGAGUAACAGAUAAAUGGGCCCUGAAAUUAGCAUGCUAAGGAUCCUCCAUGGAAAUGUGUCCAGUGUGCAAGGAAUGUACAGAUAUUCUUUGAUGAAAAUUUCAGUGUGUUGUUAAAGAUUGUGAUGAACAGUCCUUUUGGUUACUUUCUUUCAAAGCAACUAGUACUGGCACCAAUUGUGCAGAAAGGAAUUUAUGAUGAAGCAUUAAGCAGCUUCUUUAGAAAUGUGGAUACCAGAACUGGUGGUGAUGGUGCUGAUAUUUACAAAGGAAAAAUCCUGUCUUUAAAAGCAAGAGCUCUCUUGAUUGACAUGGAGGAGGGUGUAGUGAAUGAAAUACUGCAGGGGCCAUUGAGAGAUGUAUUUGAUAGCAAGCAGCUCAUCACAGAUGUUUCUGGUUCAGGGAACAACUGGGCUGUAGGUCAUAAACUAUAUGGCUGUCAGUAUCGGGAACACAUUGUGGAAAAGCUGAGGAGGACUGCAGAACACUGCGACUGUCUGCAGUGUUUUUUUGUAAUUCAUUCAAUGGGAGGAGGGACAGGAUCCGGACUUGGUACUUUUGUACUGAAUGUGCUUGAGGAUGAGUUUCCAGAAGUGUAUAGAUUUGUUACUUCAGUUUAUCCUUCUGGAGAAGAUGAUGUAAUUACUUCUCCAUAUAAUAGUGUUCUGGCUAUGAAGGAACUUAAUGAACAUGCUGACUGCGUGCUGCCAAUUGAAAAUGAAUCUUUAUUUUCUAUAGUUAGUAAAAUUCAUCAGAUGACCAAUUCUGGGAAGCUAGGAUCAACUGUGAAACAAAAUAGCUUAUUAACCUCAAGUGCAGGCAGUAUUAAAACGGAACAGGAGAAACCAUUUGAUGCAAUGAACAAUAUUGUGGCUAACUUGUUGCUGAACUUGACAAGUUCUGCUAGGUUUGAAGGUUCCCUCAAUAUGGAUCUUAAUGAAAUCAGCAUGAAUUUGGUUCCCUUUCCUCGACUUCAUUACCUGGUUUCUAGCUUGACUCCUCUGUAUACUUUGGCUGAUGUUAAUGUGCCUUCUAGAAGAUUGGAUCAGAUGUUUUCAGAUGCUUUCAGCAAAGAUCAUCAGUUGAUUCAAGCAGACCCAAAGCAUAGCUUGUACCUUGCUUGUGCACUUCUGGUUCGAGGAAAUGUACAGGUUUCAGACCUUCGCAGGAACAUUGAAAGAUUGAAGCCUUCCCUUCAUUUUGUCUCAUGGAAUCAAGAGGGCUGGAAAACUGGCCUAUGUUCCAUACCUCCUGUGGGCCAUUCUCACUCACUGUUGGCAUUAGCAAACAACACGUGUGUGAAACCAACCUUUAUAGAGCUCAAGGACAGAUUCAUGAAGCUCUACAAGAAAAAGGCUCACCUUCACCAUUACCUGCAUGUUGAUGGGAUGGAGCAAAGCUGUUUCUCUGAAGCUAUAUCAUCCUUGUCAGAUCUAAUAGAGGAAUAUAGUCAGCUAGAUGCCACUAAAGAUGUGCCUAAAACAGAUCCCUCAAGACUGAAGAUAGCUACGUAACAGAGGAAGAAUUGCUUUUAUUUGCAAAAUAGCAAAUCACCUAGGUUAAUUGGAUGGCUUUUGUGAAGCUGCUAAGACUAGUCAUUUCAUAGGUACCACAGGCUGACUGGGAGUGUUGUAUCAGGUGUUCAGCCUGCGCAAAAGGGAUCAACACAUACUGCACGCUAGCAGAGCAAGCAGUGGUCAUGUCUGUCAAAAGAAUAGAUAGAAGGAAUUAUAACAACCCAAAAUGGAAUUGGCAAACUUCUUGGACCCAAGUUCAGCUAAAUUAAAUUGAUUCCUGCUUUGGAAAAAAGUCUCCCUUAAUAUAAGAUACAUGAGGGAAGGGAAAUCCUACUGACCCUUUUCUGAGGUGGAAAGAAGUAUCUAGUGAGUCUUGUUUCUUAAGUUUCUAAUAUCCUAGACUAUCAUUUUGGAAAUAAACUUUCUAUCACGUGUGUUACAUCAUUGUAUUUAGAUGCAAUUGAACUAAAAUUGUCCAAGUUGAUAUCACCACUAGCAAUAUCAGGAAUAAUGUGUCAAAAUGAAUGCAUCAAGUACAAUACUAUUCUAUUGCAUAAUAAUAGUUUGCCUUUCAUGAACCUGAGGUUGCACUAAUUAUGAGGAUCCAAUAACUGUGAUCAUAUGUACUUAUAAUGUGGAUUGUUUGGAGAAUAAAGAUUGUAUUCUGAAAAGAACCUAACUAAAAUAGCAGUAUAUUUUAAAUAUAUAAUUAAAUAGAUUUUUAUUAUGAUCAGACUAUAUUUAUAAACAGUUGUCUCAAACUCCUAUAUUUUUAGGGAAUAAAAUAUACAGAUUUUCAGAAUUUGUCUGCCAAGCAUGACUCUUGUCUUAAAACAGCAUUAAGCCACAAUGUAUGGCCCCAUAAAAUGACAUUUGUUUAA